CAGAUUUGCGUGUGUGAAGGGGAGACGAAUAACCGGUCUUGCAAUCUUCGUCAGGGCAUCUGUCAGGUGUCAGGACUGUGAGAGGUUAUUAGCGUUUGGCCAUUUGGUAGAGGGUUAAAGGGAGACGAUCCUCCUGGCGACGCCUGAGGUUUCUUUCCCCCUCUGACUCUGUUUAGGCCGCGACCGCGUUAGGCUCGCUGUUUAGGCUCAAGAUUGGAAGUCAGACGCCGCAAAAGGUCACCGCAACGGGCCCCAAUCCUGCAAAUCGGAGCAUUCGCCGCCCAAUCUGACCAAAAGAAGGACAAGGAGGAGACCGAUUGCGAUAGGUGUUGGCGGUUGCGCCUCGCGGGAUUUAAUUUCAGUCAAGGGUUGGCUUGCACGAUUUGCUCAUCAACUCGCCGGCGUCGUCAGCGGAGAGAAAAAGACCGGCCAGGGACGUACUCGAUUGAUACUCGAUACGUACACUUCCCGUCUUGCGUGAAGACAGGCGAAGACGUCGCCGUGCGGCGAACUCACGGUCGCGGACAGCGUGACCUUCUCUUGCGUAACAUAUUUUAGCAGCGCCGGAACCAUUCAAGUACUUUGCCACUCCGUCCCCGCCCCCAUCAGCCCCACACCCUCUCUGCCUCUCGCCCGUCGCAUUCGCUCAUCAUGAGUGACUACGAGCCGUACCUUGAGCUUCAUCACGAUGUCGAUCUUCUCGGAGGUUGGCCUCGCCAACAGUAUGCUAUCGCUUCAGCUGCUCCACCAAUUGUGGGAGCAGACCCUGUAUGGGUGUUUCCGGAGUACGUGUCUGUCGUCUUCGAAUCUGCGCAGACUCUCGACGAGCUCGUGGUAUCCGUACAAAACCUGGCGCAGGACUUAGAGGAGAAUCAGCUUCAUGCCGGUUCCGUUCGGACAUUCAAAGUCUUCGGAUGGUCAGAUAACUCGGGUUCUCAUAGCGAGAAGUAUGCCGAGAGCAUCAAAGCGCUAGACCACUCUCUCGCUCAAGUGAUCACACGGAUGUGGAGGCUUAAGUCGUUCUUCGUCGACCUCUCGAGGACAAGAACAUAUCAUCCUUUACCCUCCACCCUCGGCCAGGCUCUCUGCCUGCAACGUGUGCCAGAACUCCUUGUCCGCGGCGUCAUUCCCCCAUCUUUCAGUAAAUCGGAAACAUCGCACCUUCGCCCAAGCUCCUUUCAUUAUGCUCCAGGCUUCGAACGCAUCGACCUAGACAUCACGAGUACAGAUUGGUUCAGUUAUCUCGUCGAGGACCCCCGCAACAUUCGUUGGUUAUCGCUCCACAAAGCGGAUUGCACCCCGUUGGACCGUGCCACCGCCAUGGCCAUGAAUCAUCUAGCCCGAUACGGUCACAAUCUCGAAGUACUCGUCGUCUCCAGUCUCGUCCAGCUCUUCAACCUCGAUUGCUACAGCUCAUACUUCGAGAACGCAUUCCAACAAAGUUGGUUGCCCAAACUCCGUGCCGUGUCUUUCGAUCUGGUCACCACCCCACAUUCUCUCCAGCGACUUAUUCGCGGGUAUGCGUGGUCGAACAUCACUCAUAUGCGCCUGGUCGUCAAUCAGAACGGAACGUGGGUUCAAGACUUCGGACCUCGCUAUGUUCACCUCAUCGCUGAUCAGGCCCCUGACCUCGAAGAGCUCUGUUUGGAUCAAGUUGGGAUGGUGUUACCAGCGUCUUUACCUGGAGAUCUUAAGGAAUGGGGCGCCGCUUUUCGACGUUUUGAAAACCUCCGCUGUAUCGGCCUCGCUAGCAUGUUCGUCCUCGACUUCUCCGGUCCCUAUACCGGUCCCGACUGGGCCUCCGACUCGUCCGACUCCGACUCUUCGUUUGAUGGCUCACGUUCUCCUUCGCCCCUUCGCGAUGUCACGAUGAGGGACGACGGCGAUGUCUUUAAAUUCUCUCCGUCUCCCCAAACACACCGACUGUCCAACGUCAGCUCCGACGCAGAAGUCUCUAUGUCUACGUCCCCACCCACCUCGCCACGGCCUUCUUCCUCUUCAUCACUGUUCUCCGUAUCAUCUUCUGGUUCGUCGUCCGCCAUGUCAGACAUGGGCGGAAAUGUUAUCUCAGGCACAGUCUGGGUCGAAAACUUCCUCGACAAUUAUCUUCGUAUGCCGAGCCUACAAUGUCUGUUCCUUCUUGGUGUCAAGCCGCCCACAGACAGCUCUGAGGAAACACACUAUGCGAUAUGUGGCGCUGGGCUGGGGUACGAGCAGGUCGUGGAGAAGGUCGUGGAGGAGUGUGAGGGGCAUGGCGAACAGUGCCAAUUUCAGGGGCUUGUCCACGAUCAGGCAAUGAGGAGAGUUUGUGGAGGUUCGAAGACGAAGUGGUCUUUCAUUGUGAAGAAGGCGAUGAGAGACGGAUGGUGGUGGGAAGAUAUGGGGCGAUCGGGCAUUCUCUAGAUGCGGAUGACGCGAUGGUGGUGGUUGGCUUGAUGAUGAUAGGUAUGGUAUGCGGUGUUUGGCUCGUUGGAUCCGUGCUUGUCUGCUGCGAGAUGAAUCAGCUCAUGUGUAUAAUUCUAGUCUCACCUUCCUGUAUAUCUGUUUCUCUCUCCCCUGUCCGUGUCCGUGUUUUCUGUGCUCCCCGUCGCUUCUGAUUAAGUUAUGUUAUCUUCGUUCGUGUUCUUCAUUUGUUUGCGUGUCUAGUCUUGUCCUUGUCCUGCCGUGCUUUGUAAUCGUUUACACUUUCUCUCCCUUGUCUCCUUCCUGAUCACGAUAUCAUCAUACGCUAACGUUUGCCCUUCACGUACCCAGCCCACGAUCACCUUCCUUUCUUCUAUUUACACGAUCACACCUCGGUUCCUCUCGUGCUUCCAGUCGCUUCCCUUCUACCUUGCUCUAUUCCCGCCACUACUCUAUGGAACCUUCGUUUUGGAUCUGGAUUGGAUACUUAAAUCGAUACCACUUUCGUCUAGCCUACGGCCAUUGACCAUUGACAUGCCCUACGUGAUACGUUCUCUCUAUUCUCGCUAGCUCGCGUCCUCUAUUUCAC